CGUUGCGUCGUCACACUCUCGCGAUGAGAAUGUUUGCGUAUUUGUAUUCGUAUUGCGUAUGAUCUUUUCAUCGUAAUCCAGCGGCGACCGUCGAAAUAUUAUAUGAUUGUGAAUUAAAAAUCAUCGGUUUUGUGUUGCGGUUGAAUAAGUGCGUGUGAAUUAGGAGGUUUAAAAUAGAAGGGAAUGCGCAAACAAUAGGUAAACGUGCGCCAUCGAGUCAUGAACCCGACGCGGGAGAACGAGGAGGAGGGAAUAAGCUCGGAUGAUGGAAGCGGGAAAGGUGGUGGCGGCGGCGGCUUCGAUAGCAGUUGCGCAGUCGCGAUAACGCUGCUGCAUCAUCCCUUGCCUGCAAGCCCCAUCAGUGGUAGCAGCAACAGCAGUAACAGCAGCAGCAGCGGCGGCGGCGGCGGCAUCGGUGCUCGGCCGCGACUGCGGGACAUCGCCUGGCUCUGGAUAGAAUCGCUGCGCUCCUUAUAUGCGACUAAUGCCACCCGGCUCGCCUCGAGCCCCCGCGGCACUGCGAUGGGCAACCUGCAGAGCGAGGCUCUCGGCAGGCGCAGCAAGCAGCGCUGCAGGUCGAAGGAUGUCUCAGCCGCGAGCUCGGCCAGCAUCGUCGAGGAGCUGCUGGAUUCGGCUCCCGUCAGUAGUGUCAAGUCCAUCAGCUUCUCCUGCAAGCCAAGAGUCAGCUGCAGCGGCCACGGCCCGAAACCGCAAACGCCCCAGCACAAUCUCACCAAGAGGCCAGCCCCUCAGCCUCCGAGAGUCGCUCCGCAGCGGCGGCAGACUGAUGAGCCAACGGGAGAGGCCCAGAGUGCCGAGACAGGUGAGAGGGAUGGGCAGGUAGCGAGGACGGUUAUGCCGGCGACAGCUGCCGAGGACGUGGAGCUGCAGCUGAAGGCGUCGAAGGAGGCAAUGAGUCCGCUCUUGCUGGUGACGGACUCCUGGCGCCGCGCCAACAGAGAUCUCAUGCCGCCCGGGGCAGCCUCGCCCCCCAGCAAGGAGUCAUCGAGUGACAGUGUUUUCACCGACCCCGGAGCUGCCUCCGAUCAAGCAUCGCUCGGCGAAAGUCAGGACAAGCUCGGCAGCGUCUUCCGGACUGACGACAGUCACUCAGACAGCCAUUCAGCCGUUUCGCAAAUUCACUUGCGUACCAGGGCGUCCCGAGCCGUCGCCCAUCAGGCAGGACUGCUGCAGACGCCCAAGGAGAAAACGAGCCGACGGCACACCACGGGCGACGCAGCCUGGGCCAGCGAGGGAAAGCUACUCAGAAGGGUUGCAAGCUUCAGCAACGAGCGGAACGUCGUCACCAAGCCGCAGAAGCUCGAUCUCAAACUCUACGAGCGCUUCGAAGGACAGUACUUGGUCAAUUGGGCAACAUCUGGCUUAUCGAAGCAUUUGAAAUCUCAAAUGUCGGAUAUUGAUUUAAAAGCGAUCGGUACUGCCUUCUGCUCCCAUCUUGUUUCUGCUGGAAUUUUGAGAACACACCCGGACAAUGAUGAAGCUGCGCCGCAACUUAAUGAUUCAUUUAAGAUGGACCACAUGUAUUAUUGGACGCCAAAGGAUAUAUCGGCAAUACUAGUAGCAGAAGCUACCAAGAAACCCAAAAAUUUGUCGGAGAAAAUUGAGGAUUUGGUGGAUGAAAACACGAGGCUUCGUAAAGAUUUAUCAGAGUUGCGUGAAGUCGUAAAACAAAGCCGUAUACAGACAGAGAGUAAAGCAGUUCAAACUGAUAGUACAUCAGAUUUACCGGUCGGCAAAGCUGCUGAUGCCAGUUCGCCAAUGCCAAAGAAUCGCGAAAAGGAGGAUCGCACAUCAGAAAAAAGUUCUGACAGUAGUGGCAGGUUUACUGCAAGUGCAUUGGACAUUUCGCCUAUAUUAUCCGAAAAAACGCGCUCCUUUAUAGCUUCUGAAGAUUUGAGUGGCGAUGUUUCCAAAGCUGUUAAAAGACCUUUUAAAUUGGAAAGUUCUUUGAGCUCAGUUAUCGCUGAUCGUAGUGCCGAAUUGCCAAAUGCUAUUGAGAACAAAUAUAAUAUGACAAAUAUAAAAAAUGACAACAAUGACAACGAAUUCAAAAGUAACAGUGAAAUAAUAGCAUCACUAACUCCAAUGACCGAGAUAGUAGAAGACAAGCCUGCGUCGCUCUCUCCACCAUCACCACCUUCGAGGCCCGAAAUGCUGGCAAGCCUGCCACCACCGCCACCCCCACCUCCGAUGCCCGGGAUAAUGUCUGGGCUAUCGCCACAUCCACCUACAAUGACAGGAAUAAUGUCUGGGCAGCCGCCGCCUCCACCGCCAAUGCCAGGAAUGAUGUCUGGGCCGCCGCCGCCCCCACCUCCAAUGCCAGAGAUGAUGUGUGGGCCGCCGCCGCCCCCACCUCCAAUGCCAGAGAUGAUGUCUGGGUCGCCGCCGCCGCUUGCACCUCCGAUGCCAGGGAUGAUGUCUGGGCCACCGUCGCCGCCCCCACCUCCGAUGCCCGGGAUAAUGUCUGGACUAUUGCCACAUCCACCUACAAUGACAGGAAUAAUGUCUAGGCAGCCGCCGCCUCCACCUCCAAUGCCAGGAAUGAUGUCUGGGCCACCGCCGCCCCCACCUCCAAUGCCAGAGAUGAUGUCUGGACCGCCACCGCCGCCCCCACCUCCGAUGCCAGGGAUGAUGUCUGGGCCACCGCCACCUCCACCUCCGAUACCAGGGAUGAUGACUGGCCCACCGUCACCUCCACCUCCUCCGUUGGUUGCAACGGUAGUUGGUCCACCACCGCCACUACCACCUGGCGGCCCAGCCGCUUUGCCUCUGCCACCCGUUGGAGGCUGGAAUCCACCUUCCAGAGCAAUGAUACGGAAGCCACCCGUCAAUCCAGAAACCCCCAUGAAACCGCUGUACUGGACAAGAAUUAUCGUACCUGCAGUGCAGUCAGAAGCAACAGGCUCAAUCUCAUCUAGUCCCGAUUCUCCAGUAAAGGGUUCGUUAUGGUUAGAAAUUGAAGAAGAGCCAAAUGUGAAUUUUAAAGAAUUCGCCGAAUUAUUUUCUCGACAAGCAAAUGAAAGGAAACCUGCAAUGAAAGCAAGCACUUCGAGAUCAUUAAAAGUGGAACCUGCUAAAAUACUCGAUUCGAAAAGAUCAAAAAUGGUCGGAAUUCUGGAGAAGAGCUUGCACGUAGAUUUUGUGGAGGUAGAGAAUGCAGUAUACACUCUCGAUACGAGUACUGUCAGCUUGGAAGCUUUACAACAAAUAUACGAAGUCAGACCAACGUCAAAAGAACUUGAGGACAUAUCAGCUCAUGAAAAAGAACGGCCCGAUCAGCCGUUGGAUAGCCCAGAACUGUUCCUUAAGAAACUGUCUAAUAUACAAUUCUUUACGGAGAGAAUGGCGUGCCUAAUGUUUCAAACGGAAUUUGCGGAUGCAAUGUCCUCGGUUUCAUCCAAACUCACAAACUUGCGCUCGGUUUGCGAAUUCAUGCUCAGAUCAAGUUCUCUAAAACGUGUCAUGGCAUUAAUUUUAACUCUCGGCAACUAUAUGAACGGCGGCAACAGAAUGAGAGGUCAAGCAGAUGGGUUUGGCCUAGAGAUCCUUGGUAAACUCAAAGAUGUCAAAUCAAAAGUAACUGGAGUGACGCUUUUGCACUACGUAGUUAAGACAAAACUGUCGCAAGAAGGUGCUAUAAAUUUCAAAGAACCGUUGCCUCUACCGGUACCAGAGCCAGCUGAUAUUCAAGCUGCAGCCACAGUUAAUUUUGAAGAUGUUGCUAAAGAACUUGAAAUACUAGGAAAAAGAGUUGAAGAUUGCGUUAGUAAGUGUAAAGUUGUGGAAGAAGGCAGCCCUGAAAAUGCUGGUCCAUUUAAAUUGAAAAUGGAUGCUUUCUUAACAAGAGCGCAUAAAGAAUUAACCAAUGAAGCAUAUGCAUUUCAAGAUGCAAGAACUAAAUUUAAAGCCGUGAUGCAAUUUUACCAAUACAUUCCAAAAGGCUCGACUCUAGACACAGCAGAACCCAAGGACUUCUUCAUACUGUGGGUAUCAUUCUGUCAAGAUUUUAAAGACAUCUGGCAGAGAGAGCAACAAAUUUUGAAAAAGAUUGAAGAUAUCCGAGAAAAGUACAAAGCUCAAAGAAAUAUUGAAACGACCAAGAAAAAAGAAGGUGGCUUAAAAGCGCGUUUACAAAAACUCAAGGGUAAAAGGGAACUAUUGCAUUUUAUUUUUACAUAACAAUUAUUCAUUACUGGAUAAUCUGCAGAAUAUUCUACAAUAGUGAUUUAUCGAAUAGCAAUAAUGGACUGUGUAAAAACAAGAGAAACUAUAUUACCAUUUUAUCACUCUAAUGUGUUUGUACUUUGUCAUAAACUAUGUCAUAGGUUAAAUUAAGAAAAUGUUCCGUUUUGUAUUAGACCGUCUUUUACGUUUUAGUGUGUAUCUAUACUUGUAUGAAACGAUCUGAUCAUUUGAUUUUUUAUGCGUUUUUGUCUAUAAUGUUUGGUCUGCAAAGUUCAUUUAUUAUCAAAGUAAUUCAUACGAAUAUACAUUAUAAGAGUAUUCGGUUAAAUGAACCAAUGUAAAUGAAAAUUGUUUAUCCUAAAAUACAAUUAAAAAAGUAAAGUUUUAUAAAAAUAUUA